AUGGUUCAAAGGUCGCGCUCAGAGGAGCUUCUGCUGAAGAAGACGAACGACGGGAAACGAGACUGUCGAAGAUACAGUCGUACUGUGGGGACGACGAGUUUUCAAAAUACGGUUUCUACAGAGAAAAUUCCUGAAAUUCAGGACAAAUGGGUGCCUUUGGGGCUAAGAAGGCAAUUGGAAAGAAGUUGCACCGAGACUGGCUCUUUCACAGCUUCGAAUUUGCUUGUAGAACGGUCAAAAACGAGUUGUGUUGGCUUCUGCGUAGGGAACCACGAAAAUCCUCAGUUUGUAGACGAGGUAUUGUCACAAGCGAGCUCUGAGGGAAUCGAAAACAGUCGGUUGGGGUUGACCACUGUAAUUAGUGUUGAAAGUUCACAGGACGACGUGGAGAACCGUACGGAGAAAGAAAUUGAACAGGCGCAAGUGACUAUUAAGCACGAAAAUGAGGGUUUUGGUGACUUGAUUUUGGGUAUGGAGUGCCAAGAAGAUAGGUCAGAUUUGAAUUUGGCUGCGCCAGAAGCGCCAGAAGCGCCAGACGUACCAGCAAGUGCUAUCCUUGACUCAACAUGCACACAACCUGAGAAUGAUAUAUCUGAGAGGGUAAACUUCUCACUGGCACCAGAUCUCGACAACGAGAACAGCAACCAUGUGAGCGUUCUUACUUUAGCUCACGAACAACUUGUACACAAACCUUUGAAGGCCUUGAUUAAUCAAACCAACAUGGAUUGCUACUGCGUUGAUUCCAGUCGCAUAAAACACAAGGCAGGGCUGUCGAAACGACACGCUUUGGCGAUUCCACAUCUACAUGCUCGGUUCCAAAAAGACUGA